AUGACGUAUUGGCCCAUCUCGUCGCCCUCCGUCUUCGCGGCCACUAAACGUACGGAUCCCGGGCGCACGCAUACCUCCCACGAUGGCGUGGAACACAAGCAACCAGGCGAACAACGUGACGGGUCGAACAGUGAAUCGCGGACUCAAUCCGAAGUUGAGGCUGCCACGCAGAGCAAGAGCGGGGUAAAAGAAAAGAAUGGCGUCCAAUUCUCGCCAGCAGGCGCAUCGGUUCAAUCAGUAGAAGACGACAUACAUGGCACCAUCAUUGCGAUCAGAGUGACCAGGAGCGGACAUAUGUUUGCGACCCUCACCAGGACAACCCUCACAGUCUGGCAGACAAAGCCUACGGUUGUUCUAGCUUCUGUAAUGCGGUCAGAGCAAUCCGUCAGAACAUAUGGCCCCAACAUCGACGUCCUACUCCGCCCCGACUCCCAAAUCUUCGUCGUACAGACCACUCUCGGAUACCUCAUCACGUACUCGCUCGCGACAGACCAUUCAUCCCGCAUAUACCAAGCUCAAUUCACCAACACACACGGAGGCCACACGAGGAGAAGCAGUGCAAUUACAGGCUUCAAGAUUCAGCGUCAGCAUGAUGUCAAUGCGGGACCAGGAGAAGGUAGUGGUCUGAAAGAGCUCAGUCUACGGUUUCGGAUGGUCAUACGGGUAGAUGCUGGAAUAAUCAGGGCCCUAGCUCUGGACGACGAAUUGACUGUGGCAACCGAGAAGCCCCCAGCCGUACAAUGUAUUCGUUGGGCACCGGACAGCACUGGAAGCCAAACUAGCACUGAGCUACUGGCCAAGAUGGCAUGGCUAGGGAACAAAGCGUUGUUGCGCGAAAUCGUCCACGACCGGCCCAUGAACCUGUCGUGUUGGAUCACAGGCGACGGACGAGCGUUUGCAGUCCAAAAAGCGGCUAGACGAGAGGCAGUUGUUUCUAGCCUCUUUCGUGGCUACGGUUUCCAUACACCCGAAACUGAUGCUGAUCACGGCGUAAAAGCUGCAAUCAACGCGAGAUUCUCUUUGCUUGCUGUUGGUUGCGCCAGUGGUGAGAUCUAUGUAUACACCGCACGCGACUAUACUGGCAAUAUUCCCCUCUCGCAUAAGCUACGACCAAACGUUACAUCACCUGGCAAAAUGACCGUCUUAACUUACUCACCAGAUGGAUACUGUCUAUUCGCUGGCUACGAGCAUGGCUGGGCAAUGUGGAGUGUAUAUGGAAAGCCUGGGGCGACCAGCUUCACUGCAGAGAGGACGCUUUCCGAAACAAAUAACGAAGGAUGGCUUUUAAGCGUCAAAGAAGCCUUUUGGAUUGGAGGUGGCGCAGAACUCUUGAUGUUGGGCAACGACGACAAUCGCCUGUUUGUGUUAGAGAUGGCUCGAAGUGCAGUCACUGGCUGCUUCUCCUCGGCUAAUGUGUCGCGUUCAUUGAUGCAGACAAGUACCGGCUUUAUGAUCUACCGUGGGUACGACCUGCCAGACCUAACGACAAUCUCCGCAGAGGUCUCUCUUUGGCAUCAUGUUCAAAUUCCCUCGGCUUACCUUGUCGACCAAUGGCCAAUUAGAAGUGCGGUCAUCUCAAACGAUGGCCGAUAUGUAGCGAUAGCGGGCAAGAGAGGGCUUGCCCACUACAGUGUAAACAGUGGACGUUGGAAGAUGUUCGACGAUCCUUUCAUAGAGAAUGAGUUCACUGUGCGAGGGGGCAUGUGCUGGUUUCAGCACGUUCUGAUUGCGGCCGUCGAAUGUCGCGAUUCUCAUGAGGUUCGAGUGUAUUCACGCGAGGCAGCUCUCGACAACAGCCACAUCAUGCAUACACAGAAGCUACCUGCACCCAUUGUACUGAUUGCACCUUCCGGCGAAGAUUCACUUCUUGUCUACACCUACGAGAACAUAUUGUAUCAUUAUGUGAUCAGUGUUUCUGAUGCAAGUGUAAAGUUGGUGCAAGUGGGUCAAAUCGCGCUGCAUGGCAUCAUUCGUGCACCUACACGAGUACGGGCUCUUAGCUGGAUAUUACCGGAGGAUCAGAUCCACAACGGUGAUCCAUCACAGGAUGUGGCUGUUGCAACUAUCCUAUUCCUUGUGGAUGGCAAGCUUGUGCUUCUCCAGCCGACGACUACGGAAAGUGGCGAACUCAAAUACGAGAUGCGCAUCAUCGCGCAGAACGUGGAGACGUAUGCUCUCAUGCGCGAUCAUCCUGCUUUCGCAUUAGAUAGGCAUGCCGAUUCGUUACCGGCCAGCCCGUCCAUGGAGCUGACCAUGGAGGGCGUGCACGGCCACGAUUUGCGGGACUCACUCUGGUUCUUCGAUGGCCACGACAUGCGAGUGUGGAUAGAUAUGCAGGACGUUCUUGCUUCCGCGUCACCAGAGAUUGGCAGGGAACUGCCCACUCCUGUUCAGAUUCCUGUCGAUUUCUAUCCCCUCUCAGCAUUGAUCAACAAAGCGAUCAUAUUCGGUGUGGAGUCUGAGUUGAUCCAACGCAGGGAUACAAGCUUCGCCUUCCUGCGAUUCGGCACCAGAACACACCUCUUCCUUCCCGCCCUGCUGCGGUCCCACUUGGCGCAAUUCAAUCACCCUGCAGCCUUGCAUCUUAGCCAUCAUUACCAGCACUUGCUUUACUUCUCCCAUGCCCUAGAAAUCCUACUGCAUGAAGUCUUGGACGAAGAGGUGGAUACCCAGCCACCACCCGAGCAAGCGCUAUUACCAAGCGUGCUAUCAUUCCUGAGCUCCUUUCCCCGAUAUCUCGACAUCGUCGUGCAAUGUACUCGCAAAACUGAGGUGCGCUCAUGGCGGACGUUGUUCUCAAACUUACCUCCCCCGGAAGAGUUGUUCGAAGAAUCACUACAGAAAGGAAACCUGAAGACCGCAGGCGGCUAUCUCCUUGUCCUUCACACUUUUGAAGAGCUGCGGCCAACGGGUGACCAAGUCGUACGCCUACUUCAACGCGCCAAAGAAGAACAAGAUUGGGAGCUGUGCAAGGAACUUGCGCGAUUUCUCAUGGCUCUUGAUGAAUCUGGUGCAACACUGCGCAGUACCUUGGAGCUUGUGGAGCUGAAGACACCGUCAGCAGAGCCAGGCCUUGGCCAGUCGCACUUCACGUUCGACUCGGCCCGUUUGAACGUACCCUUGAGAAGUCGCAGCAACGGGGCUAGGGUAUUGGGCGGCCCAGGCGUUGGUUUUGGGGCCGACGGUGCUGUCAGGAUGUCGCGCGAGAGUGGUGACAUUAGUCCUGGAGUGAGUGAUGUGAGUGCUAGUAGCGAUACAAGCCCGUCACAAGCACCUGCCGACUAUUUCGGCCUUGGCAUGAACAGUUUGCGCCAAUAG